GCGGGGCCGGGCCCGGAGCUGCCAAGAUGGCUGACUUCGAGGAGCGGGUGUCGGAUGAGGAGAAGGUGCGUAUAGCUGCAAAAUUCAUCACUCAUGCCCCCCCUGGAGAGUUCAACGAGGUGUUCAAUGAUGUCCGGUUACUGCUCAACAACGACAAUCUUCUCAGGGAAGGAGCAGCACAUGCUUUUGCACAGUACAACAUGGAUCAGUUCACUCCAGUGAAGAUAGAAGGGUAUGAUGAUCAGGUCUUAAUCACAGAACAUGGUGAUCUGGGCAAUGGCAGAUUUUUAGACCCAAGAAACAAGCUUUCUUUUAAGUUUGAUCACUUAAGAAAAGAAGCAAGUGACCCCCAGCCCGAGGACACGGAGGCAGCUUUGAAGCAGUGGAGAGAUGCCUGCGACAGCGCCCUCAGGGCUUACGUGAAGGAUCAUUACCCCAACGGCUUCUGCACUGUUUAUGGUAAAUCCAUAGAUGGGCAGCAGACAAUUAUUGCCUGUAUUGAGAGCCACCAGUUCCAGCCCAAAAACUUCUGGAAUGGCCGCUGGAGAUCAGAGUGGAAGUUCACCAUCACACCACCCACAGCUCAAGUGGCUGCAGUGCUCAAAAUCCAGGUUCAUUAUUAUGAAGAUGGCAACGUGCAGCUGGUCAGUCACAAAGACAUCCAGGACUCUGUACAGGUCUCAAGUGAUGUGCAGACAGCUAAGGAAUUUGUUAAGAUCAUAGAAAAUGCAGAAAACGAGUACCAGACAGCCAUCAGUGAGAACUACCAGACCAUGUCAGACACCACCUUCAAAGCCUUACGCCGGCAGCUGCCUGUCACCCGCACCAAGAUCGACUGGAACAAGAUCCUCAGCUAUAAGAUUGGCAAGGAAAUGCAGAAUGCUUAGCAUGGGGAUGAGGAUGAGGAGACCUCCAGAAUGUUUGUGUGCAAAACAAACAAACAAAACAAACCCAAACCCAAACCAACCCACACAACAAAUUGUGGUCCUAUGCCAAGUAGAUGGGUUCCAAACCAGUGCAGCAUUUUUCUAGGGCUUUCAGAGUUAACAGGUUUUCUAGCCUCAGACAGAACUGUGGAACAAAACUGUGUUGUCUUCUGUGUUUUUGUGUUUUCCUGCCACAUCAACUCCCUGCUGUUGUGACUGCAUUUACUGCUAGGUCGUUUUCAGCUACACCGCAGCUGCGGCUCAGAGGUGUGGCCUGUUACCAAUCACUGAUUGUACUGGUUGGAAAACUUCCUAACUGGAAAAGCCCUACUAGAAAUAGAGCUGAGGGUGCAGAGCCUUCCCCUCACCCCAUCACAGCACUCCAGGUACUCCAGUGAAGUUUGUCAAACCUGCCAACAGCUCCGGGCGCUGCGCUGCAAGGUAACAAAAGCAAGACAGCAAAUCCUCCUCUACCCUUACCGCUGCCCUCCACAGAGCAGGGAGCCUU